GCCGUAACCCUACGGCGUGGGCUCUGCGUCGAUUUAACGCGGAACCAUAAUUCAGGCUUGAGCGUGCAGCGGGGCGGCAGCGCAUUCCUGCUCGCUGCGGUAAACGCUCCCGAUCCGCAGGUUGUGCGGGGGGGAGACUGCACUGGACUGGACCGAGUUACCAACUCAAAUCAGCGGGCUGAAUGACGGCAGCUGUUGGCCGCUAGCCGCAGGUGGACCUGGAGCUCUACGGGAAAUGGACCGUGAAAAGCACCAGAGUGUGUACCUGUUCCGUCUUCAGGGAGUUUGACACUGAUUGGAGGUCGGUUCCAGCUGUCCAUGGCGGGCUGCUGGCAGUGGUGUCGCCGCACCUGCGUGUGCUGUCUGAGCGAAGAGGAGAAGAAGACCAUCGCUGUGGACAAGGAGAUCAAGAGGAUUCUGAAACAACAGAAGAAGAAGGAGAGAAGGGAGAUAAAAAUCCUCCUGCUGGGAACAGGAGAGAGUGGAAAAACCACCUUCAUAAGACAGAUGAGAAUCAUCCACGGACGAGGCUUCUCAGAGGACGAAAGAAAGGCUUUUGCCAAAUGUAUCUUCCAAAACAUCUUCACGGCCAUUAAGGCCAUGACCGGAGCCAUGACCACCCUGAGAAUCCCCUACGCCAACCCUGAGAAUGAGAUGUUUGCCAAGUGGCUGCAGGAUGUAAACAUGGUGCAGGUCACCCAGUUGGAGAGAGGAUACGUCGAAGCGAUCCGCCGCCUCUGGGCAGACCCAGGAAUACGGAUCUGUUACAGCCGCCGUUGCGAGUACCAGCUCCUGGACUCCACCGAGUACUACAUGAGUAAUUUGGAUCGCGUCUCAGCCCAGGACUACAUCCCCACAGAACAGGACGUGCUGCGAGUUCGAUUCCCCACUACGGGCAUCCACGACUAUGCCUUCACCAUCAAGACCAUCACGUUAAGGAUUGUAGAUGUCGGCGGUCAGAAGUCGGAACGUCGGAAGUGGAUCCACUGCUUUGAAAACGUCACGUCUCUAAUCUUCCUGGCCUCCCUGAGCGAGUACGACCAGGUUCUGGAGGAGAGAGAGACCAUCAACCGCAUGGAAGAGAGUCUGGCUCUGUUCUACACCACCAUCCAUUCUCCCUGGUUCCUCAACACCUCCAUCAUCCUCUUCCUCAACAAGACUGAUAUCCUGGCUGACAAGGUCCAAACAUCUGACCUGAAGAAAUACUUCCCCGGUUUCACAGGUAAGAGGCAAGACUCUGAGGACGCCAAGAAUUACAUCUUCAAGUUGUACGAGCAGCAGGCCAUCAACCGGGACAAGAAGGACGAGUGGAAGACGCUGUACACACACUUCACCUGCGCCACAGACACCAGCAACAUCCGCAGGGUCUUCAGCGACGUAAGGGACACGGUGCUGCUCAGGUCUCUCAGGGACUAUGGAGUAUUCUGAACUUCUGAUGAGUUACUGCCAGAGGGAAAGUGAUGGCUCUUGUCUCUAUCUGGACAAUUGACUUUUAAGAGUGAAAGCCACGAUGAAGGCUGAGAAACUCUUUCUUUUUCAACCUAAAGAAAAGGACCCCUUUUUAAAAUCUCGACACCCAAACCGCCACCUGCAGAACCGACCACCCAGACUUCCUCCUCCUCUGCUUCAUUAGGUUUUAAUGAAGAAGCAGGUGAAGCUGCAGGGUAAUCUUCUCUCCACCAUCCUCACUAUCACUGCUCCACUCUCCUCCUCUGGAGUAGAAAAUGUGAUCUGGGGGGAGUGUGGGAGACAGCUUCUGUAGUCAUCCACAUGUUUCACAGUUGGCAGCAUUUCUUCCAAUUUGAUUUUUUUCUAAGAUGAAGAAGUGUUUGGGUCAUGCAGUGCGUGCAUUGAUCCAUAAUUGAAGCAGAGGUCGAGACGCUGUGAAGUGCUGUGCAGCCAUUAACUAUGUAAUGACUUUUAGAAGUGGAGAUGGGGCCACACAUGGGUGCUCCGCUGCAGUCAGACACAUAUUACAAAUUUGGGGGUGUUUCCACCAGUUACAGAUAUUUAUCGAAGAAGCUCACACUUUAAGAAAGUUUGAGAUGGACGCUGUAAUGGGCUGAUGCAGUCUCUUUUUCUUUAAUUAAGCCUUCUGAUUCUUGAUUCUCGAGGAUAUGUUCUUGUCAGCGUGCCGAAGUGUGUCAUCCCAUGCCAGACUGAAACAAUCACAAAAACCCAUCAGCAGGAGUCCGGCCACACACGGGCUGUUUCUGAGGAGUGCACAUUUAUCACAGUACAGGUUAUGAGCUUAGCAGAAGUUAAGGGAUGUAUGGACAUGACAAGCUUGUUGUUUGCUGUGCAAUUAGUCACCAUGUGCACUUAUUAGACAUAAAAUGCUCCUCAGCCCCCAGCAAGCACUUCUGUGCCAGAGAACUGCUCUGUAUUCCCACGUUAGCUAAGGAGACAGAUGUAGUUGAUUAACUAAACGACACAGUCUGUUAGGGAAAACUAACAAUUAUCCACAAACACAUGUUGCUUUUUAGACUGGCUAGCUAAUCUUUAUUCUACCAGCAACAUUUCCAAAUAUGGACAGAAGAGUUUUUCAUGCUACUCCCAUUGUCAAAGAAAAGUGCUUUUGAGGGACAUCUGAAGCUCAUGUGAUGAAACUGCAUCUACCUUCCAUUUCAUCUCAACAUCUGUCCCAUCUGUUGUGAGGAACGUCGUCUGUCAUGUUUUGAAGCCAAAGUUGACAUUUUGAGUGAAGAACAAGAAGAUGUGCCUUUUGAAGCUGCUCAAUCAGAGGAGGCCCUAGAUGCUACAGUCACCCAUCCUGCAAGAACUGAACUGAAGCUGACAAGUAUAUGAUAAAGAGGAACUUGUGAACUGUAAAAGAUGCAGAGAAAUGAAGAGGAGCGCUGGAAUAAAGAUGAAGAACUGUGAAUGAGCAUGACAUGUUCACUAAGGUUCUUUUUGGGGGGGGGGGUAAUAAACAUUCAAAACACAAACUGCCUUCUACACAAAACUGUCAGAUAGCUGUAAUUAAUACUCUUUGUUGAAAUCAAUACCAUGAAUCAGACCACAGGUUUAAAGGUCAGCGAGUUAGUGAGGUGUGAGUCGUCAUCUGAGACCACUUGGUUCAAACUGUGAGUUCUGCUGAACGUGGAUGGUAUUUUUUUGUUUGUUUGUUUUUAAAGAAACAGGCUGCUCCUCUCUGUUAAAGAGAAAAGGAUCUUAAUGUGGUUUCAGCAGGAGCUCGGCUUGCUGGCUGGAGAACGAAGUUUGACUAAAAACACGGACGUGUGCCUUGGUCCUCUGCGUGCGUCAUUCAGCGAUGAGUGGAAAGUCACAUCAAAAUUCAUGAUUGGAACUGGCCGGGACGUGAAGCUGAGGAGCUCACUGUGAGGGUUUGGGCUGCUGUGUUGUUCAUACUUGUGUAAAAUGGAUUUAAACUACUGCUACUUGUUGCAAUCAGAUGUGGUACUGUAGAUGAUGCUUUCAAAGACGUGUUGAAGUCUCUAUUCGUUUACUGAUGACUGCUAGUUUUUAUUCUUGUGCAAUUACUGAUUUAAAAAAAAAAAAAAAAGAUUUUUAACUAUAAUAUAGUCCGACAACAGAAAAUUGUUGGUGUCAGGAAACUUCUUUCUUUUGGUAACAUUGAAAUAAAUUGUGUAGACCUUGGUGUAGGAAGUGUGUAAAGAAAGAAUAAUAUUUUUUCUAGUUAAUAAUAUUAAAAAUACUUG